UGUGUGUGUAUGUGUGUGUGCGUGUGUGUGUGUGCAUGUGUGUGUGUGUGUGUGUGUGCAUGUGUGUGUGCGUGUGUGUGUGUGUGUGUGUGUGCAUGUGUGUGUGUGUCUAUGUGUGUGUGUGUGUGUGUGUGUGCGUGUGUGUGUGUGUCUAUGUGUGUGUGUGUGUGUGUGUGUGUGUGUGUGUUUGUAAAGGGGGUCUCCGGUUUCAGGUUCUUGGGUCCCGCCCUCGAGUGUAGAAGUGGAUCUGCACACUUUUGUUCUGCUCAGUUUAAGAGCAAAUCGGCUAAAAAUCAGACACACACACAGACGCACACACACACACACACACACACACACACACACACACACACACACACACUACCCUGAAGUUCAACACCAGUUUAAAUCAGCGACAGACAGGGGGAGAAAAUCACUUCUGAGCUCUUGGAGUUCAGAGAUUUCACCUUCAGGAAGUUCUUCGCUUCUGCUUCUGGUUUUCUGAAACGCUUCGGUUGUGUGUAAAUGCUGUUCACAGAGGUCCAGUUGGAGAGCUGUGAUGGGGUGAGAACGUUUUAUUUAGGAGGAGCUUUGAUUCUGAAGAUCACAUCAUCCUGAAGGAAUUGCUCAUGUCUGGAGAGUUGUGUCAUUGAUCUGGAGCUCUAGUUGUUCUUUUCUCUUUCUUUUUAGGAAGAAGCGUUUUUCUGGGUAGAAUUUAAAAAAUUUAAUAAACUCCAGGAAUUUUUCUUCUCAGAAGCAUUGAUUUGGAAAGUUCUUCUCGGAAUCUUUCGGACUGGCGCUCCAGUGGAAAAUCAGAGUCCCCCUGAAGGAACUGAGAGGGCUUUGUUGGUGUGUUUGGAGGAAAGUGCUGAGGGAAAAGUCGAACAGUUCCUUCACCUCUUUGAGAGGAGCAGCUUCGUGUUUCUGGAGCUUCUGGGUUUGUGAAGAUCUUCUCAACACAGAGUCACCGAUCUUCUCAGCAUCUCAGAGGGGCUUCGGUUUUGGGGAUGGUUCCUGUACCGCAGUUGGAUAUCGCGCAGUAGAAUAGAGUAUCACCAUGGCGACUUCACCGAGCUUCGGCUUCACGCAGGAGCAGGUGGCGUGCGUGUGCGAGGUCCUUCAGCAGGGCGGAGAUCUCGAGCGGCUCGGUCGCUUCCUGUGGUCGCUUCCGGCGUGCGACCGCCUGCACAAGGACGAGUCGGUGCUCCAGGCCAAAGCGGCGGUGGCGUUCCACCGAGGAGACUUCCACGAGCUCUACCGGAUCCUCGAGAGCCACCAGUUCUCCGCGCAGAACCACGCCAGGCUGCAGCAGCUGUGGCUCAGGGCACACUAUGCCGAGGCGGAGACGCUGCGAGGGCGCCCGCUCGGGGCCGUGGGGAAGUACCGCGUGCGCCGGAAGUUCCCGCUGCCGCGCACCAUCUGGGACGGAGAGGAGACGAGCUACUGCUUCAAGGAGAAGUCGCGCUCCGUGCUGCGGGACUGGUACACGCACAACCCGUACCCGUCCCCACGCGAGAAGCGGCAGCUGGCCGACGUCACCGGUCUCACCACCACACAGGUCAGCAACUGGUUCAAGAACCGGAGACAGAGAGACCGAGCCGCCGAGGCCAAGGACAGUGUUUCUGACGGUGGGGAUCUCCGCGCCGAUAAACCGCUCCAGCUCUGCAGCUCUGACGAGGAAGACGAAGAGCAGCUCUCUCCGCCACGAAGCCCCACCCCCGGAUCCGCUCCAAACCCCGCCCUCCGGCUGCUUCACCACGGCAACCCGAACCUGAGACCCACAAGGAGCUCGAACCCGGACCCACACGGUACCCAGACCCGGUACCGACACGAUCCGCUGCUGAGAACCUUCACAGAGAACCUCACCGAGCCGGGACCGUAAACCUUCCUCUUCUUAUGUAUUACAGCUUAUCACUGCAACACACACACACACACACACACACACACACACACACAGAGUAUUUUUGAUUGUGUGGAUUUUGCGGAACUUUAUUGUCCAGAACGUUUUUUUAAGAAGAAAAUAAUUGUUCAUUAAAAAAAAAAAAACCUUCAUGAAUGUCAGUCUGCUCCUUCAACACAGAUUUAGUAGCUGAAUUACCUGAUCACGCUGAAACCAGACCGUAUAAAACAAAAACACGCCCAGGAAAGAACACUAUCGAAACAAAUUAAAGAUCAACUGUAAAUACAUACAUAAAUAAAUAAGUGAGUGAAUGAAUGAAAAGUCAGUUAAUGAAAGAGAUCCUAAAGCAGUAAAAUGUCAGAAC